UACAGGUUGUGAGCUCAGGUCUGAAGUGAAGGGAUGCCGAGGAGGAUGGGUUGAAUUCACCUGCAAAUAUCCCAAAACAACUGGAAAUUAUAAGAAUAUUGGUGUAGUUAGUCGAAGAGGAACAUUCAUACAAGCUACUAAAAAGAAUGUGUGGGAAACCAAAGACAGCGUUUCCCUGUACCAUGAUACACAAAAUGAAGAACUCAGAGUGGCCAUCAGACAACUUCAAACCAAGGAUUUUGGGGAAUACCAAUGUAAAGAGAAAGACAAAGACAGAAUGAAAGACAGAGAGAAAUUUAAAGUGGAAGUUGAGAAAGAUGGCUGCAAGGAACAAUUUAACCAAACUGCGUACAGAACAGCUAAAACCACCAUCACAUGUGAUUAUCCAGAAAACAAACAAAGGUCCAGUGUCAAGUUUCUCUGCAGAGAGAAUAAUUUCACUUGUGAGGAGAUUUUAUCAACAAACUUUUCUGUAAAGUCAAACGGGACAUUCACUCUCACAGAAACCAACAGUGGAUUCAGUGUGUCCAUCAGUAAUGUGUCCUCACAUGAUGCUGGUCUCUACUGGUGUGGAGUGAAAGAAGGAAAUUACCGAACUGGACUCAGAAAAAUCCAACUGAAGGUUGAAGUAAAAACACCAACAUCGACAUCUGCAUCUGCUGAAAGAGAUGGUGGCUCUCAGGUCGUCAUUACUUUGGUUGUUUGUGUUGCUGUACUGCUGCUGCUGCUGUUUGUGAUCAUUUUGAUUCUUAUCUACAAACGAUGUUCACAUUCAAAACACAGAAGAAAUGGAGCAGCAGAGCACACCAGAGAGGAUUAUGUCUACGAGGAGGUACAGGUCUACGUCCAGAAGCCAGACUCAGGAAAUGCAGUGACCACAAUUUAUGCCACUGCCAACUUUCCCACAAACCCCUCUGCCUCACUGCAUUACUCUACCAUCAACUUUAGCUCUGAUAAAGCUGGUGGUGAGGCAGUGAUCCUCAAACCCAGCUCCUCUGCCUGUGAAUACUCCAUUGUGCAGAACAGCCAAAGUCCAACCUACUCUACUGUCAGUGAACCAUCCAGAUCUCCAGAGGAUCCGCUCUACUCAACAGUCAACAAACCAAAGUAGCAAUGAGGAAACAUCGGCCUGAGCAGGAAGUCAUUACAUUUACUAAACGUUUGGCCAAGAUAUAGAUCAAUCAUUUGUGACAAUGAAAUCCAGCUCAGACUUCAGGAAUUACAUCAAGAUAUUUAGAUUCUGGGUCCUUAGUCAUCCAGAAUAAUCAUCCAGAAGUUUAUGCAUAUUUUAAUGCUUCUGUCUAUAUUCAUGUUUUUCUGAAGGAAUUACUGAUUAUAAGUGUUAUUCCUAUUAUUAUUUAUGUUAUGAAUAGUGACAAAUCCUCUGGAUUUGACUCCCUGUUUGGACGGACUAUCUAGUGUUGAC